GAAUCAUCAAGGAAAUCGAAAAAGAAAUCCGAAUUGGUAUAAAUAAAGAACAAACUUGUUGUUGACAUCAUUCGUAAGCAUUCAAUUGCAAGAGUCACUAUAGUGAACAAAAAUAUCAACAACACCCACAAUGAAGAUCAUCAUCGCCCUGUUCACGGUUGUUCUGGCCGUUGUCGCCGCUGAGCCAUCGUACUUGACUUCGGUGCUUCCCCAAGCAGUGCCGGUUCCGAUCAGCACCUCGGUGUGGCCACCCUACGGAGUUUACGGAAAGGGACUGGCUCAGCGUUAUGGGCCAGUCGCAAGCUAUCCUGGCUAUCAGGCUGGUGUGUACGGAGGUCUGCCAGUCUAUGGAAACGCAUGGGGAUACUCGGCUCCGGUUGUGGGUGCUUACGGAAACACAAAGCUCAUCGACAAUGGACUGUGGAACUACGGAGGAUAUGGUUUUGGACACACCAACAAGUACUGGCUGUAACUGAUAUAAUAAAGAUCUUAUAGUUU